GCGGGGGGGAGAGGCGCCGCCAGCGCCGCCCGGAGACCCGUUAGAGCGGAAGCGCAGCCGCCGCCGCCUCUGCUGUCGCUCGCUCGGGUUCCCGGCAGGUGAAGCGGGCACCAUGUCGAAGCGGCUCCGGAGCAGCGACGUGUGCGCCGACUGCAGCGGGCCUGAUCCUUCCUGGGCAUCAGUAAAUAGGGGAACUUUCAUAUGUGACGAAUGUUGCAGUGUCCAUCGGAGCCUGGGGCGCCACAUCUCCCAAGUGAGGCAUCUUAAACACACAGCAUGGCCUCCAACCCUGCUCCAGAUGGUUGAGACCUUGUACAACAACGGCGCUAACUCCAUAUGGGAGCACUCUCUGCUGGACCCUGCCUCCAUCAUGAGUGGGAGGCGGAAAGCUAGUCCACAGGACAAAGUCCACCCCAAUAAAGCAGAAUUCAUCAGAGCCAAGUAUCAGAUGUUAGCGUUUGUCCACCGGUUGCCCUGCCGUGAGGACGACAGCGUGACAGCCAAGGAUCUCAGUAAGCAACUCCAUUCAAGUGUGAGAACAGGGAACCUUGAGACCUGUCUGAGACUGUUGUCUUUAGGAGCCCAAGCCAACUUCUUUCAUCCGGAGAAAGGAAGCACCCCACUCCACGUCGCGUCCAAAGCAGGGCAGGUCCUGCAGGCGGAGUUACUGGCCGUGUACGGAGCUGACCCAGGCACACAGGACUCUAGUGGGAAGACUCCUGUUGACUACGCACGGCAAGGAGGGCACCAUGAGUUGGCGGAACGCCUCGUAGAAAUACAGUACGAGCUGACGGACAGACUGGCCUUCUACCUCUGCGGCCGGAAACCAGAUCAUAAAAGCGGACAGCACUUUCUGAUCCCUCAGAGAGCAGACAGACGGCUCAGCCUGGAUUUGUCUGAGUUGGCAAAAGCUGCAAAGAAGAAACUUCAAUCUCUGAGUAAUCAUUUGUUCGAAGAGCUUGCCAUGGAUGUGUACGACGAAGUUGACAGGCGAGAGACCGACGCAGUCUGGCUUGCCACGCAGAACCACAGCACCUUGGUAACCGAGACAACCGUCGUCCCCUUCCUUCCGGUCAACCCCGAGUACUCCUCCACACGAAACCAGGGCAGACAGAAAUUAGCUCGGUUUAACGCCCACGAGUUUGCUACGCUGGUCAUCGACAUCCUCAGUGACGCCAAGAGGAGACAGCAGGGCAGUCCUCUGUCCAGGUCAAAAGACAAUGUGGAGCUCAUAUUGAGAACAGUCAGUACACAGCACAGCACUGAGAGCCAAGACAACGACCAGCCAGACUAUGACAGCGUGGCCUCCGAUGAAGACACAGACGUGGAGACCCGGGCAAGCAAGGCAAACCGGCAGAAGAGCCUAGAUUCAGAUUUGUCAGAUGGACCAGUCACUGUGCAGGAAUUUAUGGAGGUCAAAAGCGCCCUAGUGGCUUCUGAGGCCAAGAGACAGCAGCUAAUGAAGGUGAAUAACAACUUGAGUGACGAGCUGAGAAUUAUGCAGAAAAAGCUUCAAACUCUCCAGAGUGAGAACUCAAGCCUCAGGAGACAGGCCACAGCCAGUGCCUGUCAGGUGCAGACAGGCUCUGACCACAAGGACACUGCGAGCCACUCGUCCCUAAAGCGCCGGCCAUCUGCCCGGGGCAGUAGACCCAUGUCCAUGUAUGAGACUGGAUCAGGCCAGAAGCCAUACCUCCCAAUGGGAGAAGCCAGCCACCCUGAGGAGAGCCGGACAAGACUUCAACCCUUCCCCACGCAUAUUGGGAGGAGUGCCCUUGUGACCUCCUCUUCGUCUCUGCCCUCCUUCCCCUCCACACUUUCCUGGUCCAGGGACGAAAGCGCCCGAAGGGCCUCCAGGCUGGAGAAGCAGAACAGCACCCCGGAGAGCGAUUAUGACAACACUGCCUGUGACCCUGAGCCGGACGACACUGGGUCAACCCGGAAGGGACGGCAGCGGAGCAUGCUCUGGCAAGGUGAUGGCUCCGUGACAGACACAGCAGAGCCCCACUCGGUCCCCAGCCCUGCCCUCCCUAGCACAGAAGACGUCAUCCGGAAGACCGAGCAGAUCACCAAAAACAUCCAGGAGCUCCUUCGAGCAGCCCAGGAGAACAAGCAUGACAGCUAUAUUCCCUGCUCAGAGAGGAUACACGUUGCUGUAACGGAGAUGGCAGCCCUGUUCCCCAAAAAACCUAAGUCUGACACGGUGAGGACUUCCCUCCGCCUACUCACGUCCAGUGCCUACCGGCUCCAGUCGGAGUGCAGAAAGGCUCUCCCAGGAGACUCGAGCUUACCCACGGAUGUGCAGCUGGUCACACAGCAGGUCAUCCAGUGUGCCUAUGACAUCGCCAAGGCCGCCAAACAGCUGGUCACAAUCACCACCAAAGAGAAUAGCAGCUGAGCUCGGGCGCUGUCCGCCCGCCUGCAGACUACACACGAACUCUUCAGAUUUUUACAAAACGUUUCAUGAUGAUUUCAGACUUUUUUAAAAAAAAAAAACUCAGUAUUAUUUUUUGCAUGUUUUCUAACAGAUUUUUGACUGUAAUUUAACCCUUGCCUUAUUUGUGCCUGUUUGCAACUUAGUUCUGUCCUGUCAGAUUGUCACCAAGUGCUUAGGUCAUGACCCCGCGUGUUUAAAAGUGAUUGUUCCGAGUUUGUUACAACUUUCCUGUGCCCUUUACAAUCUCUACCCAUGCCUAAAACUAUAAUUGAUAUUUUUAGUAAAACAUUUUCUUAAGAGAUAAGAAAGUUGGAUUUUAAAAAAAACAAAAACCCAGCAGCAGCAGCCGCAUCCGUUCCAGGCAUCGUGCAGUCAGUUGGGACGCUUCCCUUCCGUUCUGUGGGGUCUCGGAGUUUGGGGUCGCUCCGUGUGCACGGAGAGCAGAGUCUCCCACUUCCUAGAGAGAGCGCAUCUCUUGGAUCAUGUUAAGUGUUGUCUUAUUUAAUAUUUCUAUCUUGAUUUUCUAUCUAUAAAGAUUUUACCAUUAUGGAAGUCUCUAUAAUAUCCAAAAAAGUUACGACUCCACCCUUUACAUCAGCUUCCGGUUGGCCACCCGCUGUCGGGGGCCUGCUUCUUCCCCCAAACCAGACCGUUCACUCAGAACCGUGAGUCAGUCUCCAGGCCGUGCGGAGGAUGCCGACACCCUCUGCACGGCUCCUCUGGAAGGAUGUCUUCCCAGGUAAGACACAUCCCCUCACGGGUACUUCACGGUUAGAAAUCCUGUGGAGCUGCAAGAAGAGUUCCCCGUGUGCCCUAGCUAGCAGCAGCUCUCCCAAAGCUCCCCAAGGGCAGAGGUUGACACCCAGGCCACGGCAGCACUGGCGCUUGCUGUGCGGAAGGCACUUUGUCGUUCGGAGUGUUGGAGCCCGGCCAUUGCAGCUCACUGCAUCGCUUCUGCCCAGGUGGAGCUCAGGCCCUGACCUGAGGAAGCAGGCAAUUGCUCUGUCGCCAGCCAGGUGCACAGACAGCCGAGGGCGGCUGGGGACCUCACCCAGCCUGUAAGGACAGCAGCUUCUCCCACUCAUACCCCUCAUGCAGCUGUAGAAAAGUAGCCUGGGGCUGCCAGUGCUUUUUCUUUUCAAGGUACCAGAAGUUUUGAGUUAUUUCAUGACAUUUUUCUAAUCAGAACUGCGGACAGUCCAUCCAGACAUGCCCGCCGAACAGACUGCCCAUCUCGGCCUCGUCUGGGGUCUCUAAACUGCACAUGAGGGAACCCAUCCGCCAGUCCUGGAAGGCAGCAUUUGUCUCCCACAGAACGACCAAAGUGAGGUGACCUCACUGUGCUGAGCCUGCCUCAUAGUCCCACUUACAGCAUGGCCAACGUGUCCUGGAGACAAGGUCAGGCUCACAGCUCAGAGGAAAGGAUCAGAGCUCCAGAGGCCUGCCCACUCAUCGAUAGGCACAUUAACUAAAUGCCACUUGUCUGGGGGAUGUCCAGGAGGGCCUUUUAGAAAGGGGCCAGCCGGUGUGAGCUCAGGCCUCAUCUUUGACAAGCUUUUCUGCGGGUUCCAAGGACUACUGCUCUUCUGGCAGGCUCCCUGGAGCUGGUUCCAGUCCUGAGCUGGUUCCCACCACCCCCAGGGAGAGCAGGCCUCUGUUGGAAGCUACCGGGAAGAGAAUCAUUAGAGGCAGAGCAGUGUCAUCCCGUUAAGUCACAAAGACCUGCCAUGGAGAACGCUGUCCUUGAGAAAUCAAGGAACAUGGGGCCAGUACAGUGUUUCCAGACGCUCUCAAGAAAACCAGAGUCAGUCCCAUGUCCUCCUCAGGCUGAAGGCCCUGUGUGGAGGCCUGAGGAGACCACAGGAGGGGCCCCACACAGUCCCUCCUGAGACCUGGGGUUAGAGCAUACUGUUCCUGUAGGCAAAUGUAUUUUGUCUCCAAGCUCACCCUGGCCAUUUUUGGGUUUUUUUGCAUGUGGAUCUCAUCACCUUGCAGGAGCGAGCUCUGCAUCCAAUAGGGCUGCUCUCUCUGGGAUUCUGCCUUCCCAUCUGUGUACCCCACUUUCUAAGACGGAGAGGAUGAAGACACAAUUAAUGGAGCAUGCCCUGCCCCGAGCUCCGUUCCCAGAAGGCACCGUGGCCUCAGCACCAUGGUCCCUACUUGCCAAAGAUAAAAGUCCAGUGUUGUGGGGACUCUGCCCUGACCGCAGUGACCUCCAUCACAGAACACAGCCUGACAGCAGCGUGUUUUCAUCCUCCACGGCUUCCGUGGGCUCGCAGUGCAGUUUCCUUUCCUUCCUUCUCCUAGCUGGCUAUCACCCACGCUCUUACAAAGCAAAGUGCUGCACAGAGAAAAGAAGAUGCAUCGCAUACAUGGUGUUAAAGUGCUGCACAGAGAAAAGAAGAUGCAUCACAUGCCUGGUGUUAAAGUGCUGCAUAGAGUAAAGAAGAUGCAUCGCAUACAUGGUGUUAAAGUGCUGCACAGAGAAAAGAAGAUGCAUCGCAUACAUGGUGUUAAAGUGCUGCACAGAGAAAAGAAGAUGCAUCGCAUGCCUGGUGUUAAGCCCCCUCGCUCCUCCUCCUCUGGUGGCUUCUCAGUCAGCAUUCUGAAGUUACUGUCCCCGCCUGUAAAAUCCUUCUGGAAUCUGUGCCCACCGGUUAUGCAAUAAAUCCUCUCUUUAAGUGUG